CGCGCGGACCAAUGGCGCGGAGGGUAGGGUAGGGGGUCACUCACCCCUGACCACCUCCUGGCGGACACUUGGCUCCAUCGGCCUGCGCGCGGCGCCAAGCUUUGCCACAAAACGUUCUGCUUCCGCGUACGGCGCUGCUGCCCUACUGGCUACUGCUGCAGUGCUGGACUGCUGGCUGGCUAGGCUAGGCUAGCUUCUGCUGCGCCAACGCGGCCGUCCUCAUCACCCUCGCCCCCCACUCUCAUCGCCAUUGGAUAGUUUAUGCGUCUGUUCGAUAAUUAGUAGCCAGUUGCUCACUGGUCGUCCUUUGCGCAGAGAGGAACUACUAAAAUAUACUCCGAGCUACCAUGGCUUGACUGCUCCCGACACACGCCGCAGAUCUACACUUCGGUGGGUGGAGGGCCGGGAAGCGAUGGCGGGGAAGAGGGAGCGCAUAGCGAUACGGAGGAUCGACAACCUGGCGGCGAGGCAGGUGACGUUCUCCAAGCGGCGGCGGGGGCUGUUCAAGAAGGCCCAGGAGCUCUCCAUCCUCUGCGACGCCGAGGUCGGACUCGUCGUCUUCUCCGCCACCGGCAAGCUCUUCCACUUCGCCAGCUCCAGCAUGAAGCAGAUCAUUGAUCGGUACGACUCCCAUUCCAAGACACUGCAGAAAUCAGAAGCGCCUUCCCAGCUGCAGUCGUCACAUGCGGAGGACAGCACUUGUGCGAGACUAAGGGAGAAGCUUGCCGAAGCGAGCCUUAAGCUCAGGCAGAUGAGAGGAGAGGAGCUCCAGAGGCUGAGCUUCCAGCAGCUGCAAGAGCUAGAGAAGAGCCUCGAGUCCGGCCUGGGCUCUGUACUCAAAACUAAGAGCCAAAAAAUCCUCGACGAGAUAAGCUGUCUGGAAAGAAAGAGAAUCCAACUGAUAGAGGAGAAUUCAAGGCUAAAGGAGCAAGUGACCCGGAUGGCAAGGAUGGAGAUGCAGCUCGGUGACGAUUCAGAAGUUGUGUACGAGGAAGGGCAGUCAUCUGAAUCCGUAACCAACGCAUCCUAUCCGCGCCCACCAGUCGACGACGACAGCUCUGAUACAUCGCUCAGGCUCGGGUUACCACUCUUUAACUAAGUGAUGGAUCCAAGUGAUGGAAUCGAAUUGUCUGGAGCAGAGUGAUGGUGAUUACUUCCCUUUCCAUUGUGAGGUGGAGAGCAGAACUCCUGGGUCGAGAGGCAAUCAGUGCAUCGCAUCAAAAUAAGGCAUUAUGGAGUGCUAGAUGACGUGUGUAUUCUGUAAGUGAUCUGCUUUUGUUAUACAACUUGACAAUAAAGAACGGGUUCCCUCCUGGAUUGUUCCUGCUA